UGCUGCAGGAUGAAUUAGGAAGGCAAAGCCUGUUCCUUGAGCCAUGGAGACGAGGGCAUCCUUCAUUGCCAGCAUGAGAGAGACCCAGCCCCUCUCCCCCGAGAAGGAUCCCAGCCCGGCCAACGGUGACGGGGAGCAGUUUGAUUCAGAUGAGGGCUCCAGCAUCGAGGACACAGACUUCAACUGGGACGAGUUCCUGGAGGAAACAGGAGCCAGUGCUGCUCCCCACACCUCCUUCAAACACGUUGAAAUCAGCCUUCAAAGCAGUUUCCAGCCAGGGAUGAAAUUAGAAGUGGCCAACAAGAGCAACCCAGACACAUAUUGGGUGGCUACAAUCAUCACCACCUGUGGGCAGCUCCUGCUGCUCCGUUACUGCGGCUACGGGGACGACCGCAGGGCAGACUUCUGGUGUGAUGUGAUGACAGCAGACCUGCACCCCGUGGGCUGGUGCACGCAGAACAACAAGGUCCUGAUGCCUCCAGAUGCAAUCAAGGAGAAAUACAUGGACUGGACAGAGUUUCUCAUCCAGGAUCUGACCGGUGCCAGGACGGCCCCUGCGAAUUUGCUGGAAGGUCCUCUGCGAGGAAAAAACCCUGUAGACCUCAUUACAGUUGAUUCCUUAAUAGAGCUGCAGGAUUCCCAGAAUCCCUUUCAGUACUGGAUAGUUAGUGUGGUUGAAAAUGUUGGAGGAAGAUUACGCCUUCGCUAUGUGGGAUUGGAGGAGACUGAAUCCUAUGACCAGUGGUUGUUUUACUUGGAUUGCAGACUUCGACCAGUCGGUUGGUGUCAAGAGAAUAAAUACAGAAUGGACCCACCUGCAGAUAUCUAUUCUCUGAAGACUAUAACUGAGUGGAAAUGCGCUCUGGAAAAAUCCCUUAAUGAUGCAGCAAAUUUUCCUCUUCCAAUGGAAGUAUUCAAGGACCAUGCUGAUUUGAGAAACCAUUUCUUCACUGUGGGGAUGAAGCUGGAGGCAGUGAAUAUGAGGGAGCCAUUUCAUAUCUGUCCUGCAUCAGUGACCAAGGUUUUUAACAAUCAUUAUUUACAAGUGACCAUUGAUGACUUGAGACCUGAACCCAGCAAAAUCUCGAUGCUUUGCCAUGCAGAUUCCUUGGGGAUCUUGCCAAUACAGUGGUGCCUUAAAAACGGAGUCAAUCUCACACCUCCCAAGGGUUACUCUGGCCAGGACUUUGACUGGGCAGACUACCAGAAGCAGUGUGGAGCCGAAGCAGCACCUCACCUGUGCUUUAGAAAUACAUCCUUCAGCCGUGGCUUCACCAAGAACAUGAAGCUGGAGGCGGUGAACCCCAGGAACCCUGCAGAGAUUUGUGUUGCUUCCAUCACCUCGGUGAAAGGACGGUUGAUGUGGCUGCACCUGGAAGGUUCACAGAUGCCCUCUCCUGAAUACAUUGUUGAUGUGGAGUCUAUGGACAUUUUCCCUGUUGGCUGGUGUGAAGCAAAUGCUUAUAACCUCACCCCACCACACAAAGCUGUUUUGCGAAGGAAGAGGAGAAUUGCAGUUGUGCAACCAGAAAAACAGUUACCAUCCGCAGUGCCUGUUGAGAAAAUACCUCACGACCUCUGCCCAGUUCCUCAGCUAGACACAACAGGCACCAUCAAUGGGAGAUACUGCUGUCCCCAGCUCUACAUCAAUCACCGCUGCUUCUCAGGUCCAUAUUUAAACAAAGGCAGGAUCGCAGAGCUACCUCAGUCUGUGGGGCCUGGCAAAUGUGUGCUGGUCCUUAAGGAGGUUCUCAGCAUGGUAAUCAAUGCAGCUUACAAGCCAGGGAGUGUUUUACGAGAACUGCAGCUUGUGGAAGACCCUCAGUGGAAUUUCCAGGAGGAAACACUUAAAGCAAAGUACAGAGGGAAGACGUACAGGGCGACUGUGAAGAUCGUGCGGACAUCAGACCAGGUGGCAGAUUUCUGCAGGAGGGUCUGUGCCAAGCUCGAGUGCUGCCCCAACCUCUUCAGCCCUGUGCUGGUGGCUGAAGUCUGCCCCGAGAACUGCUCCAUCCACACCAAAACCAAGUAUACUUAUUAUUAUGGGAAGAGGAAAAAAAUCAUUAAGCCACCAAUUGGGGAAAAUAAUAACAUGAAAAGUGGCCAUGUCAAGCCAGCCAGACGCAGAAAGAGGCGGAAAUCUAUCUUUGUGCAGAAGAAAAGGAGAUCAUCAGCUGUGGAUUCAAAUGCUGCAGGCUCUGCAGAGGAGAGCGAGGAUGACGAGCCGGACGCGAUGGAGGACGAGACGGGGAGCGAGGAGACGAGCUCGGAGCUGCGCGAUGACCAGACGGACACGUCCUCGGCCGAGGUGCCCUCCACCAGGCCCAGGAGAGCGGUCACCCUGCGGAGCAGCGCCGAGAUGGACAGGCCUCCUCCCACGGAGAGAGCCCGGCGGAGCUGCAGACCCCAGCCCCACUCCUACAGCGAGGCAGAGAAGGGCACACCAGCCAAGGAAGAAAUUAAGCAGGAAGAGGAAGAGAAGCUCAUCCUGGACAGUAACCCAUUGGAGUGGACUGUGACUGAUGUUGUGAGGUUUAUUAAACUCACCGACUGUGCCCCCCUUGCCAAAAUAUUUCAGGAGCAGGACAUCGAUGGCCAGGCCCUCCUGCUGCUGACACUGCCCACAGUGCAGGAGUGCAUGGAGCUGAAGCUGGGUCCAGCCAUCAAACUGUGCCACCAGAUUGAGCGAGUAAAAGUUGCUUUCUAUGCACAAUAUGCCAACUGA